AUGGUGAUUGACAAACAGUACCAGCAUUUAAUUGCAUGGACGUACUCCGGAACAUCGUUCAUUGUGUGCAAUAUUACCGAGUUUUCGAGAGACGUCCUACCCAAGCACUUCAAGCACAACAAUUUUAGUAGCUUUGUUCGUCAAUUGAAUAUGCAAGUACUGUAUGGGUUUCACAAGGUCAACAAAUCUCCAAGAGGGCAUCGAACACUAGCAGAGAAUCAGAUCUGGGAGUUCUCUCAUCCGAAAUUCAUGAGAGGUCGCCCAGAUCUGCUUGAUGAAAUUAAGCGUAAA